AUGCAAACGUUGAAGCUGCCACGGAACCAGUCGUCCACUUUCGCCACAUGGCGCACAUUGAUUUCAUCCAUUCGCUUUCGUCAUAGAGACGGGAGAAGAACCGGAACUUCUGGUCCAAAUUUCCAAGACGAGCAGCUGCUCAAGUCUUUCAGCCAGGCCGUCAGGACCGUCACCGCUAUCUCCAUGGCGACCGACUACCCCACCGUCCCGGCCACCAUGCACUCGGUCAUCAACGGCUACAAGAAGGUUCCUGCCGUUGCCGUCGUGUAA